GGUGGGCAUGACAUGUGAGCAAAGUCUGCACAGAUACAAGGCGCAGUCAAAGUAGCUAUGUCCGCGGCGCGGCGCUCCGCCGGACUUUGCACAGGUGAAUGAGAAGCUCCGCCGCGGCUUCGAGCCCCUUUUUUCUUCCGCCGCUGUCAGAGAUUCGGAGGUGGAGGAGGGGGGUGUGUGUGCGGAGCGACGAGGCAGUGCCCGCUACAGUCAUCCAGGUGAAGCCGCCAGGAGAGGGGCGGAGGGAGGCAGAGCUGCCGCUUAAUUAACUCUCCGACGAGCAAGAAGACAGGGACGGUCUGCGGAGACAGGUGCGCACCGGAGAGGACACUAUGUCAAAGGAGACAAAAGGGAGAGGUUCAGGCCGAAAAUACAGCGCCUCUCACUGGCGUCUGCAGAACAUCGCACAGGAAUCCGUUGAAAGCUCCGAUGAGGAGUUUUUCGACGCCAGAGAUGUUAUGGAGGGAAAGAGCGCCAUUCUGCUGGGCAUGAGUCAAUGGAACUCAAAUGACCUGGUGGAGCAGAUCGAAACUCUGGGACAUAUGGAGGACCAGUCGCAUGAGGGUCUCUACCAGCUGGGAGGUCCACGCUGUGCACCUCAGAGCAGCAUUGAAGGGCUGGAGGACGCAGAGAGGAAAUGUAAAACCCAUGUGCUGCUGCUGGUGGUGCAUGGAGGAAACAUCUUGGACACAGCGGGUGGAGACCCGAGCACAAAGGCUGGUGAUGUGGCCACGCUGGCCUCGGUGCUGGAGAAGGUGACACGGGCGCAUUUCCAGGCCGCCCAGGAGCAUGUGAUGAUCAAACUGGUGCCGUGUCCAGCCGUGUGCGCCGAAGCCUUCUCCCUAGUGUCAAAUCUGAACCCGUACAGCUAUGAUGAGAGCUGUGUGUCCAGUAGCGUCGACCACCUGCCUCUGGCGGCGCUCCCGCUCCUAGCUAUUGUGUCCCCACGCUACCAGGAUGCCGUGGCGACCGUCAUCGACCGAGCCAACCAGGUUUAUCGCAGCUUCCUGCAGUCUGAAGACGGCCAGGGAUUUUCAGGGAAGGUUUGCCUGAUGGGCGACUGCGUGGGUGGAGUGCUGUGCUUUGACGCUUUGUGCUUCAGCAACCAACCGAGGCCUGGCAGCCCCAACAGCAGCAGGAACAACAGCACAGAGAGUCUGAAGGAUAACACAGGUCGACUGCAGGAGUUGAGUCCUGGUCUGAGCUCCAGCAAGAGGCUGAGUAAGAGCAACAUCGACAUUUCUGCUCCCAAUGAAGGGCAGGGCGGCGCGUCGCUUAGCCGCAAGCAAAGCGACUCGUACGAUGGAGACACCUCUUCCACAGGCCAGCACAACUUUUUCUCCAGCAGAAAGCAUCCAAAGCAAUCCGGCCGUGUUUCUGGAAGGCGACAAAUCUCACGAAGGUCCAGCCUCGCAGCAUUCCUCUGAGACCAAGACCGAGGGCGAAGGGGGGAGACAGGGGAGAGCUCGUAGAAGCAGUGUGACCAGCGUGGAAGCUGAAAUGUCAGUUUGCUCCAUCAGCCAGCUGGGCAACACCAUCGCCAACAUUUCCAGUUGCUGGUGGGGCUCCAAGAGGCUGGAUUAUGCUUUGUACUGCCCUGAUGUGCUGACUGCCUUCCCAACUGUGGCUCUGCCCCAUCUUUUUCAUGCCUCCUACUGGGAGUCCACUGAUGUUGCUGCUUUUGUUCUCCGCCAGCUCAUGCGAUGCGACUGUGUGAGGACCCAGGAAGCAGACCGCUUGGACUCCGCUCCAUUUUCUCCUUCCAGCCCACGUGAGAAAUGGCUCAGGCGGAGGACACAUGUCAAGCUAAGGAAUGUCACUGCUAACCACAGGGUGAACGAUGUGAUAGCGACAGAGGAUGGACCUCAGACUUUAGUCGGGCGCUUCAUGUAUGGACCCUUGGACAUGGUUACUCUAACUGGAGAAAAGGUUGACAUCCUGGUGAUGACUCAACCUCAGUCUGGCCGCUGGGUGCACUUUGACAUGGAGGUGACCAACAGCAGUGGCAGGGUAACAUACACCAUUCCCAAAAGCAAGAAGCUCGGCUUGGGAGUGUAUCCAGUUAAAAUGGUGGUCAAGGGGGACCAAACCAGCGCAGAGGCCUACCUGACUGUGUUGCCACGGGGCAUGGAGUGUGUGGUCUUCAGCAUCGAUGGAUCUUUUGCUGCCAGUGUGUCCAUCAUGGGCAGCGAUCCCAAGGUCCGGCCCGGGGCUGUUGAUGUCGUCAGGCACUGGCAGGACCUCGGGUAUCUCAUCAUCUACAUCACCGGUCGGCCUGACAUGCAGAAGCAGCGGGUGGUGUCUUGGCUCUCGCAACACAACUUUCCCCACGGGAUGAUCUUUUUUUCUGAGGGGCUGGUGCACGAUCCGCUGCGACAGAAGACCAUCUUUCUCAAAAACCUCAUACAGGAGUGUCACAUCAAGAUAAACUCUGCUUACGGCUCCAUGAAGGACAUCUCUGUUUACAACAUGUUAGGCCUGAGCCCCUCACAGAUCUACAUCGUCGGCAGACCUUCAAAGAAAUACCAGAACCAAUGCCAGUUCCUGAGCGAGGGUUAUGCGGCCCACCUCUCCAUGCUUCAGUUCGGGCACAGAGCCAGACCUAAGAAAUCCCCUUCGGUUCGCAUGGUCCUGAGAAAAGGCUCGUUUGGCCUCUCUGCAAAGCCUGACUUUCUGUGCAAACGCACCCACCUGCGCAGGACAAUGUCGGUCCAGCAGCCUGACCCACCCUGCACGCCCAACCCCAAACCAGAGCGGGCCCAGAGCCAGCCGGAGUCAGAUAAGGACACCGGGAGAGUAGGCUCAGGAGCAGGCGGAGGAGUUGGACAAAGUGUGUGGGGACGGGCCUCCAUGCAUCGUGGAGACACCACGCCCUGACACCGAGAAGAUGGAAGGAUUUCUGGAGGUUUAAGAAGUGGAGAACAAAUGGGUCUUAGUGUCCUGGGUCAAGCGUCUACUGUACACCCGUGUCUACCGUACAUUGGAGUUUGCUGGCAAUCCUUACACUUCAGCGUUACCUCCUGCUUGGCCCUCUACACUUUUCCAUCUGAUGGAUUUUUGUUUUGUGAUAUGCUCUGUAGAUAAGUCCAGUCUACUGAAUCUAAAACAGUUGCAAUGGAUGGCAAUGCGUUUCUUGCAAAUAACUGUAUUGAGCUCAAAUGUUGUCUAAAUGUAAAAUCUGACCAACGUGGUUAUGACUAUGAAUUUACUAAUAUCUUGUAUUUAUGCACACACAUGCUCCAGAGCAUUAAAAAAUGGGAUGGGAGCGGUUCAGGCCCAAUGGGAGACGAUUCAAAUGCUGCACGCCAUUCUGGUUAUGUUCAGACAAAGAGUUGGUAAUGUUGACUUACUCCUGCGUUGAGCCCCUACAUUGAUAUAAAUACCCAGCGCACAUCCCCCAUGCUUGGGCCUCUGGACACAGAAGCACUUUGACAUUUCGGGUUAAUCUCUACAUGAGUUCUGCGUCCCGCAGCGCUUGAGCAACCAAUCUCUGCCUCCAUUUUACUCCCGCUCUUUGAUGUUUCCUUCAAGUUGUGGGCGGUUUACCACUCCCGCUUCACCUCCAGCUUCCCUUCCUCUUCAGGCAGCGUAGCAGAACACGCAUCAUGACAGCCACUACACCGCUAAUCUAAAGUCGUCGGAGAGAUGUGGCUCGCACAGCUCAGCGCCUAAGGUUGCAUUUUUGCACUAAAAGGUCGUAUGGUGCACAGUCGCCGCUUGUUGGUUCUAAGAUUAAAUAUUGUGAGUAAAAGUGAAAGUGGUGUUUUCACCUAAAAAUGUUUACAGGUUGUCAAACGGUCGUGACAAUUGAUGGGAACUGUAUUUAGCUUUAUUAGCCGCUUUAGUUCACUCGCUUGCUUGACGCUGUAGCUUGCACACCCGUAGACUUAAUGCCAGUUAGAAAUCCCUGAAGAUGCGUUCGCAUCCAUUUAUUACAGCUGCACUGAAACUUAAAUAUUUAUGCUGAAAUCUGACAUUCUCGUGCACUUGAAGUUUUAUGUGGUUACGUUUGAAAAUUUGUGCAAGUCGAGCAUAUUUUUCUAUUUGGAAAUACUGUAAAUAGAAAUAUUUUCAAUGUAUGUUUUUAGAUCUGUUUGUUUGACCUAUUCUCGUAUUAAUUUUCUGUCUUAAAUUGUUUACUUAUGUUGUGAAGCUUUCAUUUCUACCAAUAAUUAUGACAUUAAGUGCAUUAAUGUUGAUAUUUGAGAGGUUUUAGAUACUCUAGUGGUGUGUGUGCGUAUGUGUGUGUGUGCGUGUGUGUGUGUGUGUGAGUUUGUAAGUGAGCUUGUUGGUGUUUGUUAUGUUGUUGAAUAUUCAGAGAACAUAAAUGUCUCUGCAGAGAAAUCGGAGGACGCUGAGAGGCCAGGGAUGAUGCAUCUGCAUGUUCUCUCCGUAGCUCUACUGCCAGUUUUUAGGAACAGAGCAUGUAUUUUUUUGUGGCACUGGAAUGAAGCAGGGUAAUGUAGGAUAUCUCCACUGAGUCUUUUAUACCUGCUAUGAAAGGAGGGGAUUAUGUGGUCUUAGGGUGUCUUGUUUUAAAUAAAAGAUCUGUAUAGCGAAAUGGUUCGUGCGAUCAAGGAGGGAUCUGUUUUUCGCCUCCAUGAGCUUGUAUAAUGUUCAAGUUUUGGAAUUAUUAUCAAGUAUGUAUGACUGAGUGUAGUGUUGCUUCUGAAAUAACACACAAGUUAUUUAUUGAUAAAUGUAUGAUAUUGUAAAAACUAACAAAAAAAAAAAAACCUUAUAACAAAUCGGUGUUGGUUUUGUAUGUACAGUUCCAGUGAGAAGCCUACAUAUAUUCCCCUUGGUAAUGAUGCAUAUGACCAUUUGACCUUAUAUGUUUCAGCAUGAAAUGAUGAUACAACAAACAACUUGCCUGCUUUUAGUUUGAAUUAAUUCUGGAUUUUCUUGCACAUGCACACAUGCUAAAAGAUAUUAUAGCCUCAAAUACAGUUGAAACCAGAUACUUAAAUACACUGUGUAAAAAUGUACCUGAUCUUUUUUUUUUCCUUCUAGGUCAGUUAGGAUUACCAAAAUAGUUUUUAUAAAUGCCAGAGUAAUACGACAUGUUUUUAAAAUUGUUAGUUCUCUUCAAACUAAAAAAUUUACACACAUUUUUUUAAUAAUUGGUAGAAUUUACUUUCAAACUACAUUUCUUGAAUCAAACAUUGUGGGUAUCCAAAAGAUGUGAAUUU